GUUUUAAGGUUAAUUUAAUUAAUAUUAAUUUAAUUUUCUCUCCAUCCAGAUAAACUGAAAUACAUGGCCCAGGUCAAUUGCACACAGGUAAAGGAGUUUAUUCUCAUGGGCCUCACAGAUCGUCACGACUUGAAGACGCCUCUUUUUGUGGUUUUCUUAACUAUCUACCUCUUCACAGUAGUAGGCAACCUGGGUUUGAUCCUAGUCAUUAGAACAGAUGCACGACUCAACACACCAAUGUACUUCUUUCUUAGCAACCUGGCUUUUGUCGAUUUUUGUUAUGCUUCUGUCAUUACACCCAAAAUGCUUGGGAACUUCCUGUACGAACAAAAUGUUAUCUCCUUCAAUGCCUGUGCUGCUCAGUUAGGCUGUUUCCUGGCCUUCAUGACAGCUGAAUGCUUGCUUCUCGCUUCCAUGGCCUAUGACCGAUAUGUGGCCAUUUGUAACCCUCUCCUCUACAUGGUUGUAAUGUCCCCAAGUAUCUGCAUUCAGCUUGUGGCUAUUCCCUAUAGUUACAGCUUCCUGGUUGCACUCUUUCAUACCAUCCUCACCUUCCGCCUCUCCUAUUGCCACUCUAAUGUCAUCAAUCAUUUCUACUGUGAUGACAUGCCUCUCCUCAGGCUAACUUGUUCAGACACUCAUUCCAAACAGCUAUGGAUCUUUGCCUGUGCCGGUAUCAUGUUCAUUUCUUCCCUUCUGGUUGUCUUUGUCUCUUACAUGUAUAUUAUUUCUGCCAUUCUGAGGAUCCGCUCAGCUGAGGGCAGGCGCAAGGCUUUCUCCACAUGUGGCUCCCACAUGCUGGCGGUCACCAUAUUCUAUGGAACCCUGAUCUUUAUGUAUUUACAGCCAAGCUCUAACCAUUCCCUUGACACAGAUAAGAUGGCCUCUGUCUUCUACACAGUGAUCAUUCCUAUGCUGAACCCGUUGAUCUACAGCCUUCGGAACAAGGAGGUGAAGGACGCCGUGAAGAAAGUCACCAUCAGUGGAAACAAGGCUUUUCUGUUCAUGAAAUUAAAAAAAUGA